CAAAUAUGCUGUCUACAUAGACAGCUGGCUGUGAUUUGAGACGGCGCCGCUGUUUAUAGGGUCAUCGUGUGUUGUGAGCUCAUGCAGUCAAAACCUAAAGAAGAAGAAGAGCUCAUGCAGUUCACGCGGGGAUCCACUCCUGCGCACAGCGAAACUUCAUCAUCGUCAUCAUCAUCAUCGAUACAGAUGAUUAAACACCCGCCUCUGUUUGUUUGCUGGUGCAUGAUUGUGCAUGCGGCGUCAGAACUAGAUGUCUAGCUGCAUUGAAACCUCCCACUGAACGGGAUUAACGAGGACAUCGGAAGGGCGUUCUUAACGUUAGAUUCCAAAUGUUUUGAGUGGAUUUGGUUUCAUCGGAGCGCUUCUGAACCGCAUUGACGGAGUUACAAGCUUUAAGACGCCAGCAGACUAAGCGAGAUUUCUGGGCAUGAUGUCCACAUGCCUCUGUGUCCUGUUGUGUUGAGGAUAGACAUCUGCAAUGAGGGAGUUAUCCAAACAAACAUGUAAACCAAACACGCGGAUCUUAUUGCUUUCCCAUCGUUUCGGAUGCACGUAUUAGCGUUUCUAACGCAAUGCAUUUAAAACAUUGAAGAUUUCAAUAAAACAUGGAGAUAAGAAAAUGGUUCCUGGGUGGUGCAAUGCUUCCUCCAUCAGAUCAGAGAUGUUUCUUCAAGAUCCAGCUGUCUCGUUUGGACGUUUGAAUUCUGAUUCACUUGUGUUGCUUUAAAGUUGCGUUUUAUUGCUGGUGGGUAGAUGACAGGCAACAUGCAUCUCGGGGUAGAGGAGCCCAUCCGAGAGUGCCAGUACAAUCAGAUCUGCACACAUAACUCCUCACCCAUGGACACUCCACACACCAAGAAGAAGAAGAUCAAAAGGAAAUGGCAGGUUUUUCCUGGCCGAAAUAAGUUUUACUGCAACGGCAGGAUCAUGAUCGCAAAGCAGACUGGGGUCUUCUAUCUUACAAUGGUUCUCAUUUUGGUGACCAGUGGCCUCUUCUUUGCCUUUGACUGCCCAUUCCUGGCAUCAAACCUGACUCCUGCCAUUCCGGCCAUCGGAGGAGUGCUGUUCGUCUUUGUGAUGGGAAUGCUGCUCCGGGCGAGCUUCAGCGACCCGGGCGUCCUGCCCAGGGCCACACCAGAGGAAGCAGCCGACAUUGAGAGGCAGAUAGAUGCAACCAACGGCCCGAGCGGCCCAGGCUACAGGCCACCACCCCGAACCAGAGAGGUGCUCAUUAACGGUCAAACAGUCAAACUAAAAUACUGUUUCACCUGCAAGAUCUUCCGACCGCCGCGGGCCUCACACUGCAGCCUGUGUGACAACUGCGUGGAGAGAUUUGAUCAUCACUGCCCGUGGGUGGGCAACUGCGUGGGGAGGAGGAACUAUCGCUUCUUCUACCUGUUCAUCCUCUCACUCUCCUUCCUCACCAUCUUCAUCUUCGCCUUCGUCAUCACGCACGUAAUACUGAGAUCCAACAGGACUGGCUUUCUUAGUGCUCUCAAAGACAGCCCUGCUAGUGUUCUGGAAGUGGUGGUGUGCUUUUUCUCCAUCUGGUCCAUCGUGGGACUGUCAGGAUUCCAUACCUACCUGAUGAGCUCCAAUCAGACCACCAAUGAAGACAUCAAAGGUUCAUGGUCAUCCAAACGAGGCAAAGGCAACUACAACCCCUACAGCUACGGAAACUUCAUCACCAACUGCUGCGCUGCACUGUGUGGACCUCUGCCACCGAGUUUGAUUGACAGAAGAGGUUUUGUCCAACCAGACACUCCGCAGCCUGCGGCCCAGACAAACGGCACCGGCGCCUGCCCCUCUAAUCAAGUCCAGAGUCACAUGGUAAGACGGCCGUACUCUGUCCUCUCACAGAGAGAGUGAGUGUGUGUGUGUGUGUGUGUGUGUGUCCAGUCUGUUGUACUUGAUCCGUUAGCCUAAUGAAGCCAUUUAUGUUCAAAUCACUUCAAGGUUUCAGCAAAGACAGUGUAAACCAGGGCUGUCCAAACUCGGUCCUGGAGGGCCGGUGUCCUGCAGAGUUUAG